AUGAAGGUCACUGCGGCUGCUUUUGCUCUUCUCCUCAUUGCAGCCUCUUGCUCCCCAACCUUCUCUGGCCCAGUUGGACCCAACCUCUCAACCUGCUGCUUCUCCUACACACACCAGAAGCUCCCACGGAAGCUCAUCCUGCGUCACUACAGCACCAGCACCACUUGCACCCUGCCGGCCAUCGUGUUCAUCACAAAGAGAGGCCGCCAGGUCUGUGCCAAUCCCACUGACACCUGGGUUCAAAGUUACCUGCAAAACUUGAAGCAGAACUGA